AUGAGUCUUGAACUAUCAUUAAAAGAAUUAUUCUUAAAUAUUCCCAAGUGUUGGGAAACAAAACCAAAUAAAACCGAAUAUAUGCAAUUUUUAUAUCAAGAAGCAGUGGAUAUGGGAGUUUGGAGAAAAGAUAAUGAAAUUGAUAUAUUAACACAUCAUCAUGUUACUGAUUUAUCAAGAUUCUUUUGGCCAAAAGCUGACUUUGAAGGAUUAGUAUUAGGUGCAGAAUUAAUGGUUUGGUUUUUUGCAUUUGAUGAAUUAUUCGAUGGUGGCUUCAUUGAUGAUGAUGAGGAUGAGCAAUAUACAAUACACUGA